UAAAGUAUGGAGUCGGCUCGCACGUUUCUGAGCUGCCAGAGGCGAGAAGAGCGCAUCCCGACACACGCGCAUGAUUAUUGAUGCGUCUCUCUCCAUAGAAUAGAACAGAGCGCAGAUGUCCCGAUGUGCGUUUUAACAGCUGGAGUUCUUUUUAACUUGACACGGCGUCUAAAGAACGCGGCGCUCCUACGCGAGACGCUGUAGAAACAGCGAGACGCGGCAUAGCGGUCAAAGACGUCCGUCUUGCGGACGCAAAGACGCGUUCGGUGCAAACGGCCCCUUUGACGCACCGAAUGCGAGGAAUUACCCUCAAAAUACAGACACGUUAUUCCGCUUAAAUAACGACCGGACAGUGAGUUCAGGAUAUUUGUGACUUUCUAUUGUAGCUCGGCAUUUCGAGGCGCGCAGUACUAAGAAACUAUGGAAACGGUUUCCACGCACGCGGAAUCGUCCCAGUUAGGGAAUAUCGGAGACGAUCAAGGUGAGCCGCUACCGGUGGACUCUCCGUCCGGGGAGAUGCUGGCCUCUCUCGGUGUGCGGAGAGGAUCCAGCGUGAAGAAACAUCAUCACAAGCACAACCUGAAGCACCGCUACGAGCUGCUGGAGACGCUCGGAAGAGGCACAUAUGGAAAAGUGAAGAAAGCCAUAGAGAGGCAUACUGGACGAGUGGUGGCGAUUAAAUCCAUCCGUAAGGAAAAGAUUAAAGAUGAACAGGACAUGGUGCACAUCCGUAGAGAGAUCGAGAUCAUGUCUUCCCUCCGUCAUCCACACAUCAUCUCUAUAUAUGAAGUCUUUGAAAAUAAAGAUAAGAUAGUGAUCGUAAUGGAAUAUGCCAGUAAGGGUGAGCUGUACGAUUACAUCAGCGAGCGCCGCAGACUCAGCGAGAGAGAGACGAGACACUUCUUCAGGCAGAUCGUCUCGGCUGUCCAUUACUGCCACAAGAACGGAGUAGUACACAGAGAUCUCAAGCUAGAAAACAUUCUCCUGGAUGACAAUGGUAACAUCAAGAUAGCCGAUUUUGGUUUGUCCAACCUCUACCACAAGGACAAACUUCUUCAAACAUUCUGUGGAAGCCCACUGUACGCCUCUCCAGAGAUUGUAAAUGGAAGACCGUAUCGAGGUCCAGAGGUUGACAGCUGGGCACUGGGUGUUCUCCUCUACACUCUUGUGUACGGAACAAUGCCCUUUGAUGGAGGAGAUCACCACAGACUCAUUCGCCAAAUCAGCAGUGGAGAGUACAGGGAACCACCGCAGUCAUCAGACGCUCGUGGUCUGAUCCGCUGGAUGUUGAUGGUUAAUCCAGAGCGUAGGGCCACAGUCGAGGACAUCGCAAAUCACUGGUGGGUGAACUGGGGAUGGAAGACCAGCGUGUGUGACUGCCAAACCCAAAGGGAAAACAGUUCACCAAUGCUGGCCCGCUUCAUUGACUGGCAGAACCGCACUGAGGUCCAAACUGGCAAAGCCCAGCGCCCGGAUUCUGGUAAUAAAACUAAUGUUACUAAUAUAGGCUUGACUCCAGCCUGGCGCCUGAGAAAGUCCAUGAAGGAAAACGAUGGAGGGAUUUGGAGUGUUGCAGACGAGAAGCCUGGCCUCAAAAGACCAAAGAGUAUCCUGAAGACUCGGGCGACCAGUGGAGACCAGCGGUCUCAGAGUUUGUGCGAGGUAGAGCUCAGACGGUCCAUUUACUACCAAGACUCUGAGUGUGGUUCCAGUCCGGAGCGAGAAGACAUGCUCGGUGGCUCGCCAGCAAAAAUUGUCUCCAUGUUACCUAAGAAAGGCAUUCUAAAAAACAACCAGCAGCGCGAGUCAGGGUAUUACUCCUCGCCAGAGCGCAGCAAGUCCUCUGAACUGCUAGGGGGAGCCACUGUGCAGCCUCCGUCAAACAUCUCGCCCCCAAAACGGACUAUAGGCAGGAAAGGUAUUCUCAAGCGGAAUGGAAAAUAUUCUACACAAAGUGCCACACCUGCUGUGGGACUCCAUGGGGAGGUGCCGGUAGACUUGAGUCUCUCAAAAAGCCAAAGCAGACCCUCCAGCAUCAUCUAUGAGGAGACUGGACUCUCCAGCAGGGGGUUGGACUGGCCACCCACCUCUCCAAAACCCAACAUCCGGGGAUCCCUCUCAGCAGAAGACUUGCUUCAGAUGGCUGGGUACAGGGGCCUUCAAACCAUUCCAGGCGACAAGGGCGCCUGCAGCCCUCCUGGUUCCCCUGGAGACAAUGGCAGCUUUUCCUUGCUGGGCGAUCUGGAUGAUGUCACCCAGGUAUAUCAGAAAGCCUUGGACAUCAGUAGCAAGCUGAGCUAGACUUGGGCAUAGAUGAUGCAACAAAGGCCAGGCAUUGCUUCCAUUGGCCACUCUGCAUAAUGAUCAUUUCAUUGUAUAGAAGGAGAUUGUUAAAUGGAGAGACAGGGGAGAGACUGGAAAAGUGAAUUAUUCUCAGCUUGUCCACCCAUCAUAGUGCUGCUGGGGAAUGUUUACAGUUCGAGAAAGUAGGAAGUUUCAAGUGUCCAUUCACCAACUCGUGUUGAUGAGCAGUUCUCAUGAUAUUCUCGUUUUAAACUCGACAAUCGAGGGGGGAACAACGCAAGCACUUUAAGGCAGAUGUUCUCUGUGAUGCAGCACAAAAUAUACAUGACAGCUGGGACUAUGUUAUUUAAAUUAUUUAUUUGUCAUUUACGUUGAGACAAUUUGAAAAUGCCAAUGUCAUUUUAUAGUCACUUUUGGAAGAGCCGUUGUCAUUUGAACAUGUCAUACAUUAUUAAUAGGUCAGAUAAAGGCAGUUACAACAUCUGUAUCAUGUAUAACCAUUUUAUAAUACCAGUGAUUUCAGAGAAAUACAUUCUCAAGAGAUAACAAAAUAAUGUAGACGGUACCAAAAACCACACAAACCAAACAUCAUGAUCCCAGAGUUUCUUUUUAACUUACUCUGCUGAGACAAAGAGCCGAUCUAAUGUUAACACAUACUAUCUGUUGUUUGAUCAUGAACAGUGAAUCAUAUUUACAUGAAUGGUCAAUGGCAAAGGUUGUAUCAGUGUUAUGACAGGUGAGCUUUUCAAACACUCUCCGUCUCUAAAGCGUGCACAUAUGGGCAAUUAUAUGAGCUCCCUGAAGUGUGAACGUGUGGAAGAACAAGCUUUAACCUAUGGUGUAAUUUUGGCCCAGAAAUAAACCAUGUUUCAACAACUGAUGAAACUACUGAGUUUCAUUAACAACUGAUACUAACAACUGAGGCCAAACUAUUCUUUUUAAGAGGUGGGGAGUUAAAAGGCACAUACAGAAUAUGAAAAUAAAGCUUUAGAAUUGUUUUUUUUUUUUUUUUUUUUUUUUCUAAUAGGGAAUCAAAAGGUCAUGAUAAGAACUGUAAAAUCUUUAGGAUGUAUCAGAUAUUGUGCAAUUGCUUUAUUGUUUAACAUGCAUUGACAAGCUGAGAUAAACUAAAGAUACUAUGCCAUAAUUUUAAAUUUUUUUUUAUUUUUUUUAUGUUACAUUAUGUUGUGGUUGUGCCUCUAGUUUAAUUGCUGACAGAGAUUUUAGCUUAAUUUCAAAAACAUUGGCUUCAUGGGGCAUUAUUACUGUGGGUUAUGCGUUAACUAUAAUAGGCUAGCUUUAAACUUAAGUAUGUGCUUAAUAUUAAAAUCUGCAGUAAUAUGUAAAAGGCAUUUCUGCCAAGCUAAGAAUCAGUGUGGCUUUUAUAUGAAGUACCUUGUAACAAGUAUAUAUAUACAGUAUAUACACACAAUUAACUGGAAAAAGAAUGUGUUUGUCCUAUAGGAUAUCUGUUAUAUAGACCAUGGAGAAAACUUGACUGGAUAUGUUACUACAUAUUUAAAUUUUGUUAUUUAAUAUGUCUUGUAUAAUAAACUGUGCAUUGUCGUGGCUAUUUGUUAAUCUGUUUUUGUUUGUGUGUGUGUUUUAACAUUGAUGUUACGAUUGUCUUGAUUUGUGCCUUCUUUGACAUGAGACUGUCAAUGUUAUUCUCAGUUCAAACUAUUUGCAGUAUUGUGUAAGAGUUUUUUUUUUUUUUUUUUUUAAAUAGGCAUCAAUGGCAAAGAAGUUUCUCUAUAUCGUUUGUUAUGAACAGAGUUAGGUGGUGUAUUAAACUGUGUUGGACGUGCUCAGUGCAAAACACGGUCACUUCUAAUAAAUGUCUCAAUUU